AUGAGUCCGAAAUACAAGCUUAUUUAUUUUCCUGUCACCGCAUUGGGUGAACCCAUAAGAUUUUUAUUAUCCUAUGGAAAUUUAGAAUUUGAAGAUUAUCGUUUUAAACGAGAAGAUUGGCCGAAAAUCAAACCUUCCAUGCCCUUUGGUAAAACUCCCGUCCUUGAAAUUGACGGUAAGCAAACCCACCAAUCUGCCGCCAUUUGCCGGUAUUUGGCGAGACAACUUAAACUGACCGGUAAGGACGAAUGGGAUGCAUUCAACGUUGAUAUGGUAAUUGAUACGAUAACCGAUCUUAGACAACAAUUGGCCAAUUAUUUUUACGAUACGAAUCCGACAACCAAAGCACCCAAAUUGGAACCAUUACAAAAAGAAACUGUGCCUUAUUAUUUGAAACGUUUGGAUAAAAUUGUCGAAGAAAAUGGCGGUUAUUUUGUUGGCGGACAGCUUACCUGGGCUGAUUUGUAUUUCGUUGCCGUUUCGGACUAUUUGCAAAAAAUGGCAGAAUUAGAUUUUUUCUCAGAUUAUCCAAAUCUUCAAAGUCUCAAGAAUAAAGUUGUCAACAUUCCGCAGAUAAAAAAAUGGAUAGAAAAACGUCCGGCAGAUAAUUUGUAA